CCCUAAUCAUGCGUGAUGCGUGUAGUCAGCUCGUCCUCGCUCGCCGAACGCUGGCCAUGUGCCAUCUGAUUGGGAGACGAGACGAUGGAGGUCGCGACGGCAGCGAAGGCGCCGUCGUCCCGGCUCGCUCGGAGCCUGGCUGCUGCAGCGCCUUGUUACAAAGGGGUGUCCGUCUUCUUCGCCGCGGUAGUCGCCGGCGCUCUCGUCUCCGCCUGCUGGAUGUCUGUCAGCGCCAGAGUCACUCCGAUCACUCCUGCCGCCACUCCAGGCAUAGCACGCAACGCUGCAACGGGGCCGGAGGCGCCAGCGCCGGGUCGGCCACGGUCCACUGGCGUCGGCGCGAGCACGAACCAAACGCCGUCCGCGGGGGCGGCCAGUUCCGCGCCACCGCCUCGGGAGGUGCCGGACUGCCCCGCCUACUUCCGGUGGAUCCACGAGGACCUGCGGCCGUGGCGCGGCACGGGGGUCACGCGCGGCGCGGUGGAGGGCGCGCGCCGGUUCGCGCCCAGGCUCCGCGUCGCCGUGGUCGCGGGCCGCCUGUACGUGGCGCGCUACGGCCGGCGGCGGUGCUUCCAGACGCGGGCCGCGUUCACGCAGUGGGGCAUCCUGCAGCUGCUCCGCCGCUACCCCGGCCGCGUCCCGGACCUCGACCUCAUGUUCGACUGUGAGGACCUGCCCGUCGUCGGCGCUGGCGAACGCCACGGGGCCCAGCCCCAGCCUCCUCCUCCUCCGCUGUUCCGGUACUGCGGCAGUGAGGCCACGCUGGACAUCGCGUUUCCUGACUGGUCGUUCUGGGGUUGGCCGGAGCUCAACAUAAAGCCAUGGGAAGCGCUGCAAAGGGAGAUAAACGAAGCGAACGCCGUGGUGAACUGGACGGACAGGGCGCCGUACGCGUACUGGAAGGGGAACCCCAAGGUGGGCGCCGAACGCCUGCUCCUCCUCCGGUGCAACGCGUCCGGCGAGCGUGACUGGAACGCGCGGGUAUACGCGCAGGACUGGGGAGAGGAGGUGCGGCACGGAUUCAGGGGGUCGGACCUGUCCAAGCAGUGCACGCACAGGUACAGGAUCUACAUCGAAGGGCGGGGGUGGUCGGUGAGCGAGAAGUACAUCCUGGCGUGCGAGUCGGUGGCGCUCAUGGUGCGGCCGAGGUUCCACGACUUCUUCUCGCGGGGGCUGUCGCCGCUGCGCCACUACUGGCCCGUCCGCGGCGACCGCGGCAUGUGCCGGUCCAUCAAGCACGCCGUGGACUGGGGGAACGCUCACGCGGACAGGGCGCAGGAGAUGGCAGGGAACGCGAGCAGGUUCAUCCGGGAGGAGCUGACGAUGGACCGCGUCUACGACUACAUGUUCCACCUCCUGACAGAGUACGCCAGGCUGCUGCGGUACAGGCCCGCGGUGCCGCGCGGCGCCGCGGAGGUCACCGUCGAGUCCAUGAUCCGGGGGAGGCGGGGGCUGGAGAGGCAGUUCAUGGUGGACACGCUUGCGGCCAGUGCGAGUGGCGAUGGCCCCUGCAGGCUGAAGCCGGCUUACAGUCCCGAGGAACUGCAGGCGCUGCGGAGAGCGAGAGCGGAUGCGGUGAGGCAAGUGGAGGCGUGGGAGAUCUGACGUUGACACGCGUAGAGACUAGAGGAAUUUGGACAAAGGAAUAUACGGCGAAUUUGUAUCCGAAUUAUUUAUUUUUGACACUUUUGUGUCCUUGGCUAUGGUUGUUAAAUCAAAAGGCCUGAACUUGACUGUUGACACUUUGUUUGCUUC